AUGUUUCCUAGGAAUCCGUUAAAGUUAUUACGAAUUGUUCAGGAUAUGGGAAAAUUACCGUCUUCAGUUUUGCCGUCAAAAAGACAAGGUGAAAAGUUUGCAUGCCACUGGGUUUUAAUUUUGCAAAAUAGAUAUAUAUCAUUUAUUGGAAGAGGUCCUUUGUCAACUGCAGCUCCACCUUUGUCUUCAUCUUCAGCUGAAAUACCAACUUCUACGGUAGAAGCAUCACAUGCUGGAGAUUUGGAGCUUAUUAAACAAUUGGAGUUAGGGUCCGUAAAGGAUUUUAAUUUACUUGAUUUUCUUUGGGGUAAUUCAUUAGUCAACGAAUAUGAUCUUUUUUCAUGGUGGAGCCCGGCGUCGUGGUUCCGAGUAGUGCUGGAAUAUGUUCAUUUUAAUAUUGACUUACCGUGGUGGUCAACUGUUAUGUGCACAACAGCUAGUUUGCGAUUCUUGAUGUUAUUUGUACCAAUUGCCUCACAUAGACUUAUGGGGCGAGUACAGUUAUACAAACAAGAAAUUGAUGAGUAUAAAAAAAAAAUUGAAUCAGCUCAAAAAAGUGGAAACUUUUUGCUAACAAUGCAAGCACAAAUGGAGCUGAAAGAUUUUCUAAAAGCGAAAGACAUCAAGUUAUAUCGGCAGUUUUUAAUCAUGAGUCUUAAUGCUAGUAUCUUCAUGACCCAAUUUGUUGCCGUCAAAAAAUUAGCCGAUGUUGCAUUUCCUGGUUUGAGUACGGGUGGUUUGUUUUGGUUUAAGGAUUUAACUGUACCUGAUCCGUAUUAUUGUCUUCCUCUUAUUUCAGCUAUCACUAUUGCUGCGGUAUUUAAGCUUGGGGCCGAAACUGGAGGUACUAAUCAAGGCAUCAAUCCUCAAUUAAUGAAAAUAUUAACAAGAAUGGGUCCAAUUAUGGUGUUUGCUUGUAGCACUAGAGUUUCUUCGGCUAUAUCAUUAUAUUGGUGCACUUCAAAUGUAAUAUCUUUAUUGUUUUCUGGAUUAUUCAAAUUUUCCGUGGUGCGGACUUUUUUAAAAAUACCUCAAUUACCAGCAAAGCAAAUACAGCCAUACGAAAAAGUACUUGGCCGAGAUAUAAGUCAAAUUCGUAUGAACUUACCAACUGUUUCUACUGCAACUGCUACAUUAUUACGCAGUUCAUGUGUCCAUUUACCUGUGGUUGUUGGUGCACGGCAUGCAUCAACUGCUAGAGAUAUCUUCGUUCCUGCUCAAGAUGCAUUAAUGAACAUACCGGAUAUUCCAAUAAUAGUUGUGCCUUCCGAAGUUGCAGCUAGCUCAGGCUUUCGGUUUUACGAACACUGGCUUCUGAAACUUGAUAUAUUAGAUGUACUGGGUGUAAGUAACUCGUCUAUUGUAAAUAAAAUGGGGAUUUUUUCCUGGUAUUCUCCCGCCUCUUGGUAUCGAAUUGGUUUAGAAUUUGCACAUAACUGUUUUGACUUACCUUGGUUUGCUUCUAUUAUAUGUGUCACAAUAUGUUUACGUCUAUUACUUUUACGAGGCACUCUAUUCUUGCAAAGAUUUACAUCUAAAAAGAUAUUACAUGAUGAAACAUUGAAAAUGUUUGCUGAAAAAAAGAAAGAAGCUCGGGAAGUCAUUCGAAGUGAAGCAUUAUAUCGGAAGAUAUCGCACGAUGAAAAUAUAUAUAUUGAUACCUAUAAUUUAAGAUCUUCUAACAGAUAUUAUUAUUUGGGUUUAAACUCCAUUGUGUUCCUUUCCCAAUACCAAGGAAUUACUUUAAUGGCUAAAAAAAAUUUUCCUGGCUGGAAUACUGGUGGUGCUUUAUCUUUUCUAGACUUGACGGCAACAGAUCCUUAUUUUUUGGUUCCAGCUUUAUCAGCUCUUCUUAUUGGAUGCACGCUUUCUCUGGGGUACGAUCCAACUGGCGUUGCUUCAGCAAACAAAUACGUAAAAGCAUUCAAAUAUGUAGUACUACCUGCUGGUGUUUUCUUUUUUAGUUCAAGAGUUCCUGUAGCAGUUUCAGUAUACUGGUGUUCCUCGAAUCUUUUCAAUUUAGUGCUUACAACAUUUUUACGUCUACCUAAAGUCCGGUAUGCUCUCGAUUUUCCUGUGAACAUGACGCAACCAAGUUCUGCCUCAUUCCAGAAAGCAUGGAAACGCGCAUUCGGUUGGAAGCAAGAGAAAGAGAAGUUAGCACGAUCGCGACCGGUACUGUGGGAGGUCAUUCAACGACGAGAUUUAGAUAGAUUUGCCAAGGCCAGCAAAGUAGUUGUACCAAAAGACGAUUGA